UUGAAAUUGGAAAUCGAAAGGAGUGGCACACUGCGAGUGGUCCAUGAGUUCUCAGUGAACAUGGCUGCACAAGACGAGCUUAACCAACUGGAGCGAGUGUUCCUGCGGUUGGGCCUUGCUGACACAGACGAACAGCUUCAGGACACUAUAUCAAAGUUCCUCCCUCCCGUGCUACUUAAACUUUCAAGUGUUCAGGAGGGCGUCAGAAAGAAGGUAAUGGAGCUGCUGGUCCACUUGAACAGGAGGAUAAAGAGUCGACCCCAAAUCCAGUUACCAGUAGAGACGCUGCUGUUUCAAUACCAGGACCCUGCUGCGGCGUCCUUUGUUACUAACUUCACCAUUAUCUACAUCAAGAUGGGCUACCCAAGGCUAGAGACUAGCAAGCAAUGUGAACUUGCCCCUACCCUUCUGACGGCUAUGGAACGCAAGCCCCAGCCACAGCAGGACAGUCUGAUCCGCCUGCUGAUCCCCACACUGUUCCAAAUGAAGUAUUCCUCAGACCCUUCCAAACCAUCGCCAUUCCUGCUCUCGGAGAAGCCAAAGACGGCCCACCUGCUCUUGGAGUUCAUGCUGGACGUCCUCCUCAUGCCCUAUGGGUUUGUGUUGAAUGAGCCCCCGUCUCGUCCCUCUCCCCCCUCCCCCCAAAGUGGAGGGGGUGCUGGCCCUUCAGCCUCCGGAGGUGCUGCAGGGGGGCAGGGUCUGCCUCAGCCGCCCCCCGGCAUGAGUGUCUAUGGGGUGAAGCGGGUCAUUGGAGAGACCCAGUGGAGCCCUGAGCAGCUGGAACAGUGUAAGCUUGGAAUUGUGAAAUUCAUCGAAGCCGGACAGGUGUGUGAAGUUGAGACGGUGAUCCACCUGGUUGUUGCUUCAAGUGACACUCGGCAUAGUGUCGCCACCGCAGCCGACUUGGAGCUCAAGAGCAAACAGAGUAUCAUCGAUUGGAACAAUCCGGUCAUCGUCAACAAAAUGUACAAAGUGUACUUGGGGGACAUUCCACUGAAAACACAGGCAUCGUCCAUGAAGCCAGAGUUGAAGCAUGAACCCGUGAGCACCAGAGUGAAGCUGAAGAUUCUGCCUCAUCUUUUGCGCUCACGGCUGGCCGCUGAGUGCUUUCCUGCCAACAUUCAGGUGGUGUACGAUGGCCUGUUUGGAGCAAACACCAAUAAUAAACUGCUGUCUCUCACUCUACAAUUUGUACAUCACAUAUGCAUGGUGUGCCCUGCUUCCAAUAAGCCUCUGGGCCUGAUGCUGCUAAAUGGCCUGACCAAGCUCAUUAAUGAGUACAAGGAGGAUCCAAAGUUACUGUGUGUGGCAUACUCAGCUGUGGGCAAGCUGUCAAGCCGGAUGCCACAGCUCUUCAAAAAAGACAUUGCUCUGGUGCAGCAGUUUUUUGAGUCAAUGUGCAAGGAAGAGGCGGAUGUGCGUCUGGCCAUCCAGCAGGCUCUCUCCAUGAUGGUGGGAGCGUAUGCCAACCUCCAGGGAGCCCUGCUCAACCUGAUGGAGGCCCUAGUGGCUGCUUACAUCACCAAGCCGGAGGUACAGGUUAGGCAGAUAGCGGUGAAGUUUGCCAGCAUGGUGUUUGCCCCAGACCACGUUCCCUCCAGAUACCUGCUGUUGCUUGCUGCAGGAGAUCCGCGAGAGGAGGUUCAUGGUGAAGCGCAGCGUGUCUUGCGGUCUUUACCUUCUGAGCAGUCUGAGAAGGAGGGUGCCAAGCCCCCCAUGCCAUCUUUCCCUGAGAUGGUUCGCUAUAUUCAAGAGAAGGCUGCCGAGAGGAUCAAAACGCCAGAUAAGCACAUAGUUGGAAAGACUGUCCUUCCCUUCAACCCCUCAGCUUUUGAAGAGAUCAUGAUGUAUCUGCGAAGGUGUUUGGCUCACAGUGCUGGGGCCACUCCCACCGCGCAGACUCCAGUUAGCCAGCAGGAUGACUCUCCUGCCAUCGGCCGCUACGUCCAGACUCUGCUGUCUGUGGAGCCCCCUCCCAAAGGGGACGAGGCCAACCCUGUGCAGGUCUACAUGGACCUUCUGCAACAGCUGGUGGCUGCCGUCGGAGGAAUUCCUGUGAUGUACUGUCUGGUGGAGGUGGUGUCUGUGUGCCCUCACAAACUCGCCCCCAAAUUCAUUGGGCAAAUUGACUGGAUCAGGGGCAUGAUGAACAGCAGUAAGGAGGACAUGAGGGAGUUGGCUGCUGAGCUGUACGCAGUUGUCAUCUCCUCAAUGUCGGGCAGCGAGUUCAAAAAUGCCGUCCAGAACCUGGUGAAGAUUACCAAGGAUACACACAGUCCUGAGGCUCAGCAUGCCGCCAUUUUGGCCCUUGGAUUCAUGAUGGGCCGCUACACAAACAGGAAGCGCCACCAGACGUCUGCCAACGCGCCCAAUCAGCAGCUCAUGAGUUCCACGCCAGCCGAGGAUGAUGAGCUUAUUGCCAGGGCAACUAAAACCAUUGGUGUCUUUCUCGAAGAUAGCUCUCAAGUGCUGGUUGUUGCGGCAGUUACAGCACUUGGGGAGGUGGGACGAAACGGGGUGCUACUGAUCCCCUCUGAGGGUGAGGGCUUCACGAAACUCAGCCUUGUGGAUAACCUGCUGGCACGCCUGCGCUCAGGAAAGGAGAGCACAAAGAUGAAGGAGCGAUCAGUGCAGACUCUUGGCUAUUUGCCAGUUGGAGAUGGGGAUUUCCCCCAUCAGAAGAAGCUACUGCAAGGUCUCAUGGACUCUGUGGAGGCUAAACAGGUGGAGUUGCAGUUUACCGUAGCGGAGGCCAUCACCCGUGCUGCUAUAGGAACUGGCUCUGGUGCCUCCCGGGAUGCCUGGACUUCCACAGAGGAAGAAUACCAGCCACCUGAUGGCACAUAUGUGAAGUGUAAUGAUGUGGUUCCUUGGGUCCUAAACUCCAUUCUGACCAAGUCUGUCGGCAGUGCCAACCCACAUGUGCGCCAAGCUGCCUGCAUAUGGCUGCUGUCAUUGGUCAAGAAGCUCAGCCAACAUAAAGAGAUUCAGUCUCAUUUGAAAGACAUUCAAUCGGCCUUCAUCUCUGUGCUGUCAGACCCUGAUGAACUUAGUCAAGACGUGGCAUCUAAAGGCUUGGGGCUUGUAUAUGAACUUGGUGGUGAACAAGAUCAGCAGGAGCUUGUGUCCACACUAGUAGAAACACUAAUGACUGGGAAGAGAGCCAAGCACGCAGUUUCUGAGGAGACCGAGGUCUUUGGAGGAGAAUCUCUUGGAAAAGCACCAGAUGGACACGGCCUAUCAACAUAUAAGGAGCUGUGUUCACUGGCCAGUGAUCUGAACCAGCCUGACCUGGUCUACAAGUUCAUGAACCUGGCCAAUCACCACGCCAUGUGGAACUCCAGAAAGGGAGCAGCGUUUGGUUUCAACAUAAUCGCUUCCAAGGCAGGAGAGCAGUUGGCUCCCUACCUGCCCCAGUUAGUACCACGCCUCUACAGGUACCAGUUUGACCCCAACUUGGGCAUCCGGACGGCCAUGACCAGCAUCUGGGAUGCGGUGGUCACUGACAAGACACUUGUUGACAAAUAUGUGAAGGAGAUCCUACAGGAUGUCAUCUCAAACCUUACCAGUAACUUGUGGAGAGUACGAGAAUCCAGCUGUCUUGCACUAAAUGAUCUGAUCCGUGGGCGGCAGGCAAACGACUUUAUUGAUUACUUGGCAGAGAUCUGGGAGACCCUGUUCAGAGUCCUGGAUGACAUUAAAGAAUCUGUGCGGAAAGCUGCGGAUUUAACUUUAAAAACCCUCAGUAAGGUUUGUGUCCGUGUGUGUGAGUCAUCUGGUGCUGUGGCCCAGAGGACUGUAGCGGUGUUGCUGCCCACCCUGCUGGAGAAGGGCAUCGUUAGCAGUGUGACAGAGGUGCGCUCUCUCAGUAUCCAGACACUGGUGAAGGUCAGCAAGACUGCAGGGAACUCCCUGAAACCACAUUCGGCACGUGUAAUCCCUGCGCUGCUGGAGUCUUUGAGUAUGCUGGAACCACAGGUGCUCAACUACCUCAGCCUCAGAGCAACUGAGCAAGAGAAGAGUGCCAUGGAUGCAGCUAGACUGAGUGCAGCGAAAUCGUCCCCCAUGAUGGAGACAAUCAACAUGUGCUUGCAACAUGUAGAUGCACCCGUCCUGGGGGAGCUGGUUCCUAAACUGUGUGAUCUGCUGAAGAGUGGAAUAGGUCUGGGCACCAAGGGAGGUUGUGCCAGUGUCAUCAUAUCUCUAACGGUCCAGUGCCCUCAAGAUCUCACCCCUUACUUUGGUAAGCUAGUGGCUGCGUUGUUGAAUGGGAUUCAUGAUCGUAGCAGUGUGGUACAGAAAGCCUUCGCUUGUGCCAUUGGACACUUGGUCAGGACUGCGAAGGACAGCAGCAUUGAAAAGCUCCUUUUGAAGCUGAACACCUGGUACCUUGAAAGAGAAGAGGCAGUGCACAAGUCAUCCUGCUGCUUGACACUUCACUCCAUCAGCCAUUACAGUCCAGAUGUAUUGAAGCGCCACGCAGGGUUGGCGCUCCCCCUGGCAUUCCUGGGCAUGCACCAGGCCGUGGAGGAGGAGCAGACGGAGCACACUCAAGCCAGCCUUUGGGGAGAGGUGUGGCAGGACCAUGUGCCAGGUAAUUUUGGCGGCAUCCGACUGUAUAUGACUGAGCUUAUAGCCAUUAACCAGAAGGCCUUACAGUCACAGUCAUGGAAGAUGAAGGCACAGGGUGCAGCAGCCAUGGCAACGAUUGCCAAGCAACAGACGGGGUCGUUGGUUCCACCCUACCUUGGCAUGGUUCUCACCGCUCUGGUCCAGGGACUGGCUGGCCGUACCUGGACCGGGAAAGAGGAGCUGCUUAAAGCCAUUGCAUCAGUAAUGGUCAAGUGCAGUGGUGAGCUCCAGAAACCUGUGAAGGGCCAACCAACUGUCGAUGAGGUGCUGGAAAGUGUGCUGCGUGAGUGCCGAAAGGAGAGCAUGGUCUACAAACUUGCUGCUUUACAUGCAGCUGGAGAAAUCCUGGAAGCAACACAGACGGACCGGUUUGCAGACCUGAGCCAGAUUAUCUUUCCCAUCAUCAAGAAGAACCGACCAGUGAGUGCAGGUUCUAAAAAGAAAGCUGAAGAUGAUGACGACGACGACGAUGAUGAUGAGAAACAGAAAGAACUGCGAAUGGAGGCUCUGAUCUGUGCCUUUGAAACGCUGGGCAAAGCGUGGCCUAGAGUUGCUCAAACACAGGGACAGUACCAACUCGAAGUCUGUGCACUGAUGUGUGAGCGGAUGCAGCUCAGUACCUGGAAGGUUCAAUUGGGAGUGCUGCAGGCAAUGAAAGACUUUUUUGAAGGGUUACUGUUGUUUGAGAAGGACCAUCAAGACUUAACUGUCCUGUCUCAGAUUUUAACCGAGACAUCAACAGCACUGUCAUAUUCUCUAGAAAACAAGAGUUACUCCUCUGUGAGGGCUGAAGGAUUGGCAGUUGUGGAACUCAUUGUUGACAAGCUCUCAGAGAGUGGCCAGUGGCCUUGUAUGUCAGAGAAGAGCCGGGGCCAGCUCCAGCGGUCACUGGCAACCAUGGAGAUGGACAGAAGUCCUGAACUACGGGAGAAGGCCCAAGAGCUUCGUCGGAAUAUUCAGGGUCAAACCUGAGCCCAAGAUGCUUCGAUAUAGCCUAUACCCUGAGUCACUCGUGAGGGUCAUUGCUGCAUAAGCGUGCACACAUUUUAAAUCUGUUCAAUCUUCUCAGUACUCCUCAGUCACUAACAUUAUUUUGUAAUUCAAAAAGCCAUCCUGUGUUUGUUUUGUUUGUAGCCUUUUUUUUUUUUACAAACAUCAGACAUUUACAACUCCCGCAGUCACUUUUUUCCAGUGGACUUAACUCCAGUUUGUUAGUCCUCUAAAGCCUUUGAAAUAAAAACAAAAUCUGUUGAGACAGAGACUA